GCCGGGCUAAAGAGUCAGAGGCGACAACACAGACUCCCGCGGUCACAUGACUCCAGUCUAGAGCGUUUCUUGUCUUGUGGCUCUCGCCCCCGCGAGUUCUCGCCCCCCCGCGCGGCCGUUGCCGAGGAGACGGCGCAUGUCUAACCUCGCGUCGCCCCCUCUGCAGUCCCCCGCCCCUCUUCUCCCACCACAAUGAGAUCCUAAGAUGGCGGUGGCUGCGGCGGUUGGCGCUGAGUAGCUAAGGUAGAAAAGCCGGCCAUUGGGCCCUAGAAAACCAAGGAACUUGUGGACCCUUCCUGCUGUGAUUUCUGAGGCAGGACUGCGGUUUGUGGCGAGUCUUGGGGACUCAACGGUACUUCAUCCUCGGCAGGAGUGGCUGCUUCGUUUACAGCAGGCAACAGCUUUGAAGUGUGAGCAGGAGAGGAGCUGUUUUUAAGGUGCAAAAACUAGUUUCUAAACAGAAAAGUAAUCAACAAAGCCAGUAUGGCCACAGGAGGAGGUCCUUUUGAAGAAGGCACCAAUGAUCAGGACUUACCUAACUGGAGUAAUGAGAGUGUUGAUGACCGACUCAACAAUAGGGAUUGGGGUGGCCAACAGAAGAAGGCAAAUAGACCAUCAGAAAAGAAUAAGAAAAAGUUUGGUGUAGAAAGUGAUAAAAGGGUAACUAAUGAUAUUUCUCCGGAGUCAUCACCAGGCGUUGGAAGGCGAAGAACAAAGACUCCACAUACAUUUCCGCACAGUAGAUAUAUGACUCAAAUGUCUGUCCCAGAACAAGCAGAAUUAGAGAAACUUAAACAGCGGAUAAACUUCAGUGAUUUAGAUCAGAGAAGCAUUGGAAGUGAUUCUCAAGGUAGAGCAACAGCUGCUAACAACAAACGUCAACUUAGUGAAAACCGAAAGCCCUUCAACUUUUUACCUAUGCAGAUCAAUACUAACAGAAGCAAAGAUGCUGCUACAAGUCCUCAAAAGAGAGAAACUAUUGGAUCAGCACAAUGUAAAGAGUUAUUUGCUUCUGCUUUAAGUAAUGACCUUUUGCAAAACUGUCAAGUCUCUGAAGAAGAUGGGAGAGGAGAGCCUGCGAUGGAGAGUAGCCAGAUUGUAAGCAGGCUUGUUCAAAUUCGUGACUAUAUUACUAAGGCUAGUUCUAUGCGGGAAGAUCUUGUAGAGAAAAAUGAAAGAUCUGCUAAUGUGGAGCGCCUUACUCAUCUUAUAGAUCACCUUAAAGAACAAGAAAAAUCAUACAUGAAAUUUCUUCAAAAAAUCCUUGCUAGAGAAAAUGAGGAGGAUGAUGUUCGGACUAUAGAUUCAGCUGUGGGAUCUGGUUCUGUAGCUGAGAGCACAUCGCUAAACAUAGAUGUGCAGUCUGAGGCUUCAGAUACCACGGCCAGGGAUCCUCAGCAGGAGCCUAUGGAAGAGAUAGAAAAUUUGAAGAAACAACAUGAUUUAUUAAAAAGGAUGUUGCAGCAGCAGGAGCAACUGAGAGCUUUGCAAGGACGACAAGCUGCUCUUCUAGCUCUGCAGCAUAAAGCAGAGGAAGCUAUUGCUGUGAUGGAUGAUUCUGUUGUAACAGAAACUGCAGGUAGCCUAUCUGGAAUCAGUAUAACAUCUGAACUAAACGAAGAAUUGAAUGAUUUGAUACAGCGUUUUCAUAAUCAGCUUCGUGAUUCUCAGUCUCCAGCUGUUCCAGACAAUAGAAGACAGGCAGAAAGUCUCUCAUUAACUAGGGAGAUUUCCCAGAGCAGGAAUCCAUCAGUUUCAGAGCAUUUACCUGAUGAGAAAGUCCAGCUUUUUAGCAAAAUGAAAGUGCUACAGGAAAAGAAACAAAAAAUGGACAAAUUGCUUGGGGAACUUCAUACCCUUCGAGAUCAGCAUCUAAACAAUUCUUCAUUUGCACCUUCUUCAGCCUCUCCACAAAGGAGUGUGGAUCAGAAAAGUACAACUUCAGCUCCCUCUGCUCCUGUAGGCUCAGUAGCAGUUGUCAGUGGAGAAUCCAAUACCCUCACAUCAUCUGUCCCUUACCCGCCUGCUUCCCUAGUCUCUCAGAAUGAGAAUGAAAAUGAAGGCCAUCUAAAUACAACUGAAAAACUCCAGAAGUUAAGUGAAGUUCGAAAGAGAUUGAAUGAACUAAGAGAAUUAGUUCAUUAUUAUGAACAAACAUCAGAUAUGAUGACAGAUGCCGUAAAUGAAAACACAAAAGAUGAAGAAACUGAAGAGUCAGAAUGUGAUUCUGAGCAUGAAAAUUCUGAACCUGUUACUAACAUUCGAAAUCCACAAGUAGCUGCCACCUGGAAUGAAGUAAAUAGUAAUACCAAUGCACAGUGUGUUUCUAAUAGAGAUGGGAGGUCAGUUAAUUCUAAUUGUGAAAUUAACAACAGAUCUGCUGCCAACAUAAGGGCUCUAAACAUGCCUUCCCUAGAUUGUCGAUUUAAUAGAGAAGGAGAACAGAGGGUUCAUGUUGCACAAAGUGAAGAUGACGAAGAGGAGGAAGAAACAGAAGAGGAAGGAGUUAGUGGUGCUUCAUUAUCUAGUCAUACGAGUAGUCUGGUUGAUGAGGCUCCAGAAGACACUGAAUUUGAACAGAAGAUCAAUAGACUUAUGGUGGCAAAACAGAAACUUAGACAGUUACAAGAUCUUGUUGCUAUGGUACAGGAUGAUGAUGCAGAUCAAGGGGUUAUCUCUGCCAGUACUUCAAACUUGGAUGAUUUCUACCCAGCAGAAGACACCAAACAAAAUCCAAAUAACACUAGAGGAAAUGCCAAUAAAACACAGAAAGAUGCUGGAGUAAAUGAAAAGGCAAGAGAGAAAUUUUAUGAGGCUAAACUGCAGCAGCAACAGAGAGAGCUCAAACUAUUGCAGGAAGAAAGAAAGAAACUAAUUGAGAUUCAAGAGAAAAUUCAAGCACUGCAAAAGGCGUGUCCUGACCUACAGCUAUCAACCACUAGUGUGGCUAAUUGUCCCACCAAAAAAUGUGUGCCAGCUAUUACUUCAACCCCAACUGUUAAUGAAAAUGAAGCCAGUGCAAGCAAAUCUGUGUUUGAGCCUGAAGAUUCUUCAGUAGUGGAUAAUGAGCUAUGGUCAGAAAUGCGAAGACAUGAAAUGUUAAGGGAAGAGCUGCGACAAAGAAGAAAGCAGCUUGAAGCUCUGAUGGCUGAACAUCAGAGAAGGCAAGGCCUGGUGGAAGCUACAUCUCCAGUUGCUGUUUCAGUCAGAAGUGAUGGAUCUGAGAACCUGUGUACUCCUCAACAAAGUAGAACAGAAAAAACAAUGGCAACUUGGGGUGGUUCUACCCAAUGUGCACUAGAUGAAGGAGAUGAAGAUGGUUACCUUUCUGAAGGAAUUGUUCGGACAGAUGAAGAGGAGGAAGAAGAAGAGCAAGAUGCCAGUUCUAAUGACAACUUUUCUGUGUAUCCGCCUAAUAGUGUGAAUCAUAAUUCCUAUAAUAUAAAGGAAACUAAAAAUAGAUGGAAGAACAAUCGCCCCUUUUCAGCAGAUGGAAAUUACCGUCCUUUAGCCAAGACAAGGCAACAGAAUAUCAGCAUGCAACGUCAAGAAAACCUUCGCUGGGUAUCGGAACUCUCUUAUGUAGAAGAGAAGGAACAAUGGCAAGAGCAAAUCAAUCAGCUAAAGAAACAACUUGAUUUCAGUGUCAGUAUUUGUCAGACAUUGAUGCAAGACCAGCAGACUCUCUCUUGUCUACUGCAAACUCUUCUCACGGGUCCUUACAGUGUCAUGCCCAGCAAUGUUGCAUCUCCUCAAGUACACCUUAUAAUGCACCAGUUGAACCAGUGCUAUACGCAGCUAACAUGGCAGCAGAAUAAUGUUCAAAGAUUAAAACAAAUGUUAAAUGAACUUAUGCGCCAACAAAAUCAGCAUCCAGAAAAACCUGGAAGCAAGGAAAGAGGCAGCAGUGCAUCACACUCUCCUUCUCCCAGUUUAUUUUGUCCUUUCAGCUUUCCAACACAGCCUGUAAAUCUGUUUAACUUACCUGGAUUUACUAAUUUUUCAUCAUUUGCACCAAGUAUGAAUUUCAACCCUUUAUUUCCUUCUAAUUUUGGAGAUUGUUCUCAGAAUAUCUCUACACCCACUGAACAGCAACAGCCAUUAGCCCAGAAUCCUUCUGGGAAAACAGAAUAUAUGGCUUUUCCAAAGCCUUUUGAAAGCAGUUCCUCCAUUGGAGCAGAGAAACAAAGGAAUCAAAAACAGCCUGAAGAGGAGGUGGAAAACAGUAGGUCACCAUGGUUAUAUGACCAGGAAGGUGAAGUAGAAAAACCAUUUAUCAAGACUGGAUUUGCAGUGCCUAUAGAGAAAACUACAAAUAGUAAUCGCAAAAAUCAAUUAGAUACCAGCAGGAGAAGACGCCAGUUUGAUGAAGAAUCAUUAGAAAGUUUUAGCAGUAUGCCUGAUCCGGUAGAUCCAACAACAGUAACUAAAACAUUCAAGACAAGGAAAGCAUCUGCCCAGGCCAGCCUGGCAUCUAAAGAUAAAACUCCCAAAUCAAAGAGUAAGAAAAGGAAUUCUACUCAGCUGAAAAGCAGAGUUAAAAAUAUUGAGGCUCGUGAGACGCAUAGCUGUGCCCCUGCUGAUACCCGGUAUCCUAACUGCCCGAGGAUCUUCACUCAUGGGUAUGAAAGUGCCAGUAUGUCUAGCACAUGUGAACCUUGCAAAAAUAGGAACAGACAUUCAGCCCAGACUGAAGAGCCUGUUCAAGCAAAAGUAUUCAGCAGAAAGAAUCAUGAGCAGCUGGAAAAAAUAAUAAAAUGUAGUAGGUCUACAGAAAUAUCUUCAGAACAUGCUAGGAGAAUACUACAGCAGUCUAACAGAAAUGCAUGCAAUGAAGCGCCAGAAACUGGGAGUGAUUUUUCCAUGUUUGAAGCUUUGCGGGAUACUAUUUAUUCUGAAGUAGCAACUUUAAUUUCUCAAAAUGAAUCCCGUCCACAUUUUCUUAUUGAACUCUUCCAUGAGCUUCAGCUGCUUAACACAGACUACUUGAGACAGAGGGCUUUGUAUGCCUUGCAGGACAUAGUUUCCAGACAUAUUUCUGAGAGCCAUGAAAAAGAAGAGAAAAAUGUGAAGUCAGUGAAUUCUGGUACUUGGAUAGCAUCAAACUCUGAACUUACUCCCAGUGAAAGCCUUGCUACUACUGAUGAUGAAACUUUUGAGAAGAACUUUGAGAGAGAAACACAUAAAAUAAGUGAGCAAAAUGAUGCUGAUAAUGCCAGUGUCAUGUCUGUAUCUUCAAAUUUUGAGCCUUUUGCAACAGAUGAUCUAGGGAACACUGUGAUUCACUUAGAUCAAGCAUUAGCCAGAAUGAGGGAGUAUGAGCGUAUGAAGACCGAAGGUGAAAGUAACCCAAAUAUAAGAUGCACCUGCAGGAUUGUUGAGGAUGAAGAUGGUGCUGUUGCCACUACUGCGGUUAAUAAUUUAGAAGAAACUCCUGUUAUUGAAAAUCAUAGUUCACAACAAUCUAUAAGUGAAGGUUCUACUAUCCCUUGUCCUAGAAUUGAUACUCAGCAACUGGACCGGCAAAUUAAAGCAAUUAUGAAAGAAGUCAUUCCUUUUCUGAAGGAACACAUGGAUGAAGUAUGCUCUUCUCAACUUUUAACUUCGGUAAGACGCAUGGUUUUGACCCUUACCCAGCAAAAUGAUGAGAGCAAAGAGUUUGUAAAAUUCUUCCAUAAACAACUUGGAAGUAUAUUGCAGGAUUCACUGGCAAAAUUUGCUGGCAGAAAACUGAAGGAUUGUGGUGAGGAUCUUCUUGUUGAAAUAUCUGAAGUGUUGUUUAAUGAAUUGGCUUUCUUUAAGCUCAUGCAAGAUUUGGAUAAUAAUAGUGUAACUGUUAAACAGAGAUGCAAAAGGAAAAUAGAAGCAGCUGGAGUGAUACAGUCUUACGCAAAAGAGGCCAAAAGGAUUCUUGAAGGAGACCCUGGCUCACCUUCUGGAGAGAUCGAUGAUGAAGACAAAGACAAGGAUGAGACGGAAACAGUUAAGCAGACUCAAGUAUCUGAGGUGUGUGAUGGUGAAGGUCCCAAAAAUGUGAGAUCUGAUAUUUCUGAUCAAGAGGAAGAUGAAGAAAGUGAAGGAUGUCCCAUGUCUAUUAACUUGUCUAAAGCUGAAACUCAGGCUUUGACUAAUUAUGGAAGUGGAGAAGAUGAGAAUGAGGAUGAAGAAAUAGAAGAAUUUGAAGAGGGACCUGUAGAUGUCCAGACUUCGCUUCAGGCUAACACUGAAACUACAGAAGAAAAUGAACAUGAUCAGGUUCUACAGCAUGACUUUGAGAAAACAGCAGAGAGCAAAAAUGACUUAUCAGAAGAAGAAUCCACUACUAAUAAAGAUGACCAAGACAGCUUACCUGUGAAACCCUGUUACCUAAAUAUCUUGGAAAAUGAAGAACCUUUAAAUAGUGCUGCCCAUAAGGACUCACUUACUACCAUUGAUUCAUCUGAACAGCCUAACCCUUUGCCGUUACCUUUAACUGAAAUUGAGUCCUUAGUGCCUCGAGUCAAAGAAGUUAAAUCUGCUCAGGAAACUCCUGAAAGCUCCCUGGCUGGAAGUCCUGAUACUGAAUCACCUGUGUUAGUGAAUGCCUAUGAAGCAGAAUCUGGUAACAUAAGUCAAAAAUCUGAUGAAGAAGACUUUGUGAAAGUUGAAGAUUUACCACUUAAACUGACAAUAUACUCAGAGGCAGACCUAAGGAAGAAAAUGGUAGAGGAAGAACAGAAUAAUCAUUUAUGUGGUGAAAUGUUAUGUGAAAUGAGACAGAAUGAAGAAUUAGCUGGGAAUUCUCAGACACUCAAAGAACCUGAAACAGUGGGAGCCCAAAGUAUAUGACACGUCUUCAGAAGUUCAUCUAACUCUUCACAUUGCAUAUGUGAAAAUGACACUAAAUAAACAUCUGUUUUGAUCUAUAUAAAAAUGUAAAUUAGUUUGACACUGCAUUUUUGAUAGGUGUGCUAAUUUCUGCCCAUGGCAGUUUAAAACAUCAGAAACUGAAUUCUGUACAGAUUCAAGCCUUGAUACACAGUGUUGUGGGUUUUUUUUUUCCUUCUUUUUUAUUCUUUUUUCACCCAUUGUGAUGUUUGGUAACAUUAAAUUUAAAAUAUAGUUUUAAAUAAAUUUUGGACUUGUCUGUAAAAUAUCUUUUUUGGAAAUUAUGUUGAAUUCUAUACAGCAAGUCACUGUUCUAUGUAAUUAGGCUGUUCAGAAAAGAGUAAUGGUUAAGAGUUAGAGAAAUCUGCUAUUUAUUAUAAAGCCCAGCCACUGAUCUUUUUCAUUAGGCCAGGCUUUCAAAUAAUGCCAUUGUUGCUGCUAUUGGGUCUAAUAUUCUUUUAGAUACCUGCAUGUCCUAUUCCUGUACAAGAAUACGGCAGGCUAAAAAGGUAUCCAAUAGGUAUUUGUGAACUUAUUGUAGAAUAUAUAUUAAUAUUCCAUUCUAAUUGGGUAAUGAGUUUAGAACAUAUCCUUAGUACCUAGAUCUUAUAUAAUUAUCUAUUAGGUAAGUCUUUUCCCGAAUUUCAAUUCCUAUUUAUGUUGCCUUGGUUUUAAGUGGAAAAAAAACAAAACAAAAACACAACACUCAAUAUAAUUAGUAAGUGUUUAUGCACAGACAAAUAACAUUGUGAUUAAUUUUAAAUGAACAAACUCUUUCAAGUAGCUAUUAAUAGAACUAAAUAUACAUACCAGAACAGUAAGGUUCUUAUGCCUUCAGACAAACUUGCCUUUUGAGAUGAUAGUUUAAUACCAAAACAUCGCAGUUGCUUGGUAUGUAGUGAGAGCUACAUUUGCAGAUGAAAUAUUGAGUAAAGAAAAUCUAUGUAACAGCUUCAUCACUGAGUAAAUCAGCUUUUAAAAGAUGAUUUACCUUCACACCCAAACUUAGCAUAUACCCAGUAAGACUCCAUAGAUCCCUUUAACAAUAAAUAAACCUUAUAGGAUCUUCCUUGAAUACAAUGUGAAGAAUUAGUUCCAAGUAGUCUUGUAAAUUUUGUUAACAAUUGACUGAAAUAUACCCCAUGGGGAAAGGACUUGGUUAGCAUUCCUUUAAAACUCUUGCUCGAUAACCUCAGUGUAAAACUAGAAUGUCCAAUCGGGAAAUAAUUAAACAAGGAUUUUCCUAUGAGGACAUUUUUGUAUUACUCAUUAAUUUAAAUUAUGUAAGCUUUAACACUAACUUUAAUAAAACCUGUUCUUCAGAAGACUACCAUUCCAGAAUCAGGAAUUCUCAUCCAAUUGGCCUUACUUCAGGGAAAUUGGAAACAAUACAUUAUAUAUAUACUCACAUUCUGUAUUUGUUUUCUAGACUAAACAGGAAGGGGAAAACUGGCUUUUGAUACUCAAGCGAAACAUUACACAUUGCAAUAUUACAUAUUGCGGCUGUCUCUCUGCAUGCAUGUUAAGGGUGGACACAGUGGAAGACUUGUGCUUAUUCUUAGUUUUUACUGUAGAACAUAAGAACCUUAUCAAACUUGCUUAUUUGAAUUGAGUUAUAGCUGCUUUUAUCUAGUCUGUUGUUUUCCUGUUUUAGUUGAUAAAAAUUUUAAAAUACCUACAGCUUGAAAGCAAAUAACUUAUAAACAUGUUUUCCAUAACCAUUGCUUGAAGUGUUAGGUAUUAAAUAUUCAUUUGUUUGUCUUAAUUUUUUAAGUUGAAAAUUUGGUUAGAGGUAGAGGGAGAAAAGGUCAAAAUGAGUGAGAGAGAACUCUGUGCAGGCUGAGAUAAUGCCUAAAAUAAUGAGCUGGCCAGACUGUGUAGGUACUCUUUGUAUUUUGUAACAUUCACCUUGAAUAAACUGCUUUUUCACUGUUAAUAAAUGUAUAUCCUACAUACCAA